CAAUCACAUUCGUGUUGGCAAAUAUAUAAGCAAUACAUCACUACUAUCUAUGUUUUUAAAAUCCUUUGAUUGGUAUAUCCAAAUGAUUACACAAACGCUGUUAUGUUCAUUUUAUCGCCGUCGGUAUAAUUUAGAGGACAUUUUGGUGUUUUUGCAAAAUGUCCAGAAUGCUCUUACCAGCCUUGAGCAUAAUGCUCUUGGCGUUUGUCAGCGCCGAGCAUCAUGUCGAAUGGUACAGGGAUUUUGAACCAGUCCCUAUAACCGAUGACAUUAGUAGAAACGCCCAGCAAGUAUACCGCCUGCCUGAAACAGUGGUGCCCCUAGAAUACGACAUCCACAUAGAUCUCUAUUUCUCCGAGAGGACUGACAGGCCGUUUAGCUAUGAUGGAAGAGAAACUAUUAUUAUUCAGGCAAUCCAAGCGAACGUCACCGAAAUAGUGCUGCAUGCAAAUGUAGACAGUAUUAACGAAGUUUCAGUUUUAACUGAAGCAGGAACACCAUUCCCAAUCAACCUUCGAAACCCAAUAACUCUGGAGCCUCAGUACCAUUUCUUGAGGAUUAAUUUGGAUGCACCAUUGGAAGUUCGUUCUAAUUACACUCUCUAUAUUGACUACUCUAGCACAAUGAAUGAAGGUCCUAUGAAGAGAGGUAUUUGGAGAGGAACGUACAUCGAUGAUGAUGGUAAAGAGCGGUUCUAUGCAACUACGCACUUCCAGCCUUAUAACGCAAGACAAGCGUUCCCCUGUUGGGACGAACCCCUCUACAAGGCGGUCUUCACACUCCAUCUCUCGAAACCAAGUAAUUUCAGAGGAAGUUUUUCAAACACUGGACAAUCGUUCAUGAGUGCGGGAGAAAACCGCAUUGAAGACACUUUCCAGCCUACGCCAAGAAUGUCUUCCUACCUCGUGACAUUCUUGGUUAGCGAGUCCUUCCAAGUCAUCGCCCAAGAUGACUCCUUCAGCCCACCGGUCAGGAUCAUUGGCAGGUCUAACACCGUUGGUCUUGGAGACCAUGCUCUUCGGCUGGCAUCCAGGAUGACUGAGUACUUCGACCAGUACUUUGGUAUACCGUACUCUACGCUUCAUCCCAAUUUGAUGAAUGACCAUAUUUCUUCUCCUGACUGGGCCUCAGCAGGCACUGAGAAUUGGGGUAUGGUGAGUUACAGAGAGAUGUACAUGAUAAUUGACUCUAAUGAAACCACAAUGGCUGUGGAGCAUUACGCAGCGACGCUCAUCUCUCAUGAGCUUGCUCACAAAUGGUUCGGUAACUUGGUUACUUGCUUUUGGUGGAGCAACACCUGGAUCAACGAAGGUUUCGCCAGCUACUUCGGUUACUACCCGACUGCACAAAUGUUCCCAGAAUACGAUCAUCACGAGCAUUUCAACAACCGCUACAUGACUGGUUCUAUGUCAUUCGACUCUGGUGUCAGUACUGUUCCCAUGAACCAUGAAGUCAACACUCCAGCCCAAGUUACUGGUCAUUUUGGUACUAUAAGUUAUUCCAAAGGAGCUGCUUUUCUCAGACAGACCGCUAAUAUUAUAACUGAUGCCACCUUCCAAAAGGCUUGUAGAUAUUUCUUGUUGAACAACGCCUUCGAACCCGCUGACCAAUACGACUUGUACAACGCAUUCGAACAAGCCAUAAACGAAGACAACAGCCUGUCCCAGUACAGCAACUUCAACUUUACUGAUUACUAUCGCAUUUGGGUCAAUGACCCUGGCUACCCAGUUUUGAACGUGGCCGUCAAUCACUCCACUGGUGAAAUGACGCUUGUUCAGGAGCGUUUCUUCUUGAGUGCAUCAGCGAGGCCUACCGGCCACAUAUACCCGAUACCCAUUACAUAUUCCACUAGGAGCAACAGAAUAUUCCAAAAUGUGCGACCUAUCCACAUGAUGACUGGAUCCCGGGACACUCUCUGGAAAGACCCCCGUGAAGAAUGGGUUAUAUUCAACAAUAUGCAACAUGGUCACUACAGAGUUAACUAUGAUGAAACAACAUGGAGAUUAAUUUCGGACUCUUUGCUCAACGAACCAGGAACAAUACAUCAUCUGAAUAGAGCUCAGAUCGUCGACGACGUGUUUGCUUUGAUGAGGUCUGGACGAAUGACUUACGAAUUAGGCUUCCACAUCUUUAGAUUUUUGCGCAACGAAGUUAACUUUCACGUGUGGGACGUCGCCAUUACUGGCUACACCUGGCUAAGGAACAGGUUGAGGCAUUUACCAAGAAGCCAGGCUGAGUUUGACUCUUAUAUUCUUAGCUACAUGGAGAACGUCAUUAACUCCGUGGGUUACAACUCCGACCCUUCAGAAUCUCCUACCAUCAGCAUGAACAGAGAAACUGUCUUGCAUUUCGCUUGCAAUCUUGGCCAUAGAAGAUGUAUUCAGGAGUCUAACGCUGGCUGGCAAAGAAUGAAGAAGGGUGAAUGGAUAACCCCGUACAUCCGUCGUAGCGUCUACCUCAUGGGAAUGAGGGAGGGAGACAGCUCCGAUUUCCAAUUCCUUCUGAGGCGCUACAGAGAGUCCAACUUCGCUAAUGAUAAGCUCGAGAUGCUGAGAGGUCUUGGCGGUACACGAGAUCCUCAACUAUUGCAACAAUACCUGGCAUUGACGCUGACUUCUGAAGUAAGGUCUCACGACAAAGCGAACUCCUUCAACUACGCGUUGCUAGGUAACCAGGAAAAUGCCUACACCGUGCUGCAGUUCGUGAAGAGUAAUAUAAAUGCUAUUAGAGUAGCUUAUGUAGAAGAUGCACCACCGACGCCCGUCAACACAGCUCUUUCAAACCUUGCUUCUUACUUGGACGAACCAGGUUUAGCUGAGUAUGAAGAAUGGCUCCGCACAACUCAGUCAAACAGUCUCCAAUAUAACACAGCGAUAUCGGCUAUCAAUUCUGCCCGCAACAAUAUGGAAUGGGGCACGAACAUGGCUGAAACUAUUUUAGCUGCUGCGAGGGGCAGUGCUGCUGGUGUAGCUGUUUCAGCUAUACUUUUAGCUGUAAUGGCUAUCUUUGCUAUGGUCAUGUAAUCAGUAAAGAUUCUAGAUUAAUUAAAAGCGAUAUGUCGACUUCUGCACUUUUUAUGCCAUGAGAAUUUUAGGUCAACUAGCUCUCGAACAAACCAGAGUAUAAGUCUAAUUUAUGUCAUUUUGUUUUGUACAAAUAUAUUACUAUUGUAAUUAGAUUUAAGAUUUUUAGAGUCAUUCUCGCAUUCAGGGACACAAUUUGCAAUGUUAGUGCGUUAUAUCAUUAGAGAACUUGAUGUUAUGGAUGAAAAUAUACAUUUGAUAUUAUUAAA